UUAUUAAUGUAAGACUCAGGAAAGAAACAGAUUCAAUAGGUACGGGAAGUUAUCUUGUAAUAUUGGUCGCUUAAAUAUUAAGUUCCAAAGCAUUAUUCAGUUUAUUAUCUAGUUUAUAACAAGAAUCAUGAAGAGCGUUACAAAGUUUGUGCGUACAUCACUACUGGUAUUAUUAUUGGUGAUUUUUGAAUGUUGGAAUUGUAAUGCGACCCCAAUGCCCGCUGAAGGUCUAACGCCGUUUAAAUUUUUUAUGGCAAGGGCAAUGGGACAGUCAAAUGAGCACUCGAUUAUGAAAAUUAUUUCAUUUAAACCUGAUGAUGGGGCUAAAUUUAGACAAAUAUUUGAAAAAAAACAUGGACCAAAGGGACGUGAUCUAAUCGAAAGUUUAGGAAAAGGAAUAACCAAAGGAGACACUGAAAAGGAUGACGUGAUUUCCAAAAAUGUAGAAUUUAACGUAUAAAUAAAAAAAUAGUACAACGUAGAAUAAGCUAAAAAUGUAAUUACACAAACCAAAUAAUUACUUUAAGACUUUUAGAAUUUUGAUUAAGUUAAAUGCUUCAGCAUUAUUUUUUUUUGCGAUGUUAGAUAAUAUGUGAAAUAAUUUCCGCUCUAUUUACUUAACAGUUGAUUUUAAUUUAUUCACGUGAGUACACUGACGACGGAGUUUUGGUAUACUGGAAACUAUUAAUAUUGUUACAAUACCAUAAUGGUAUACAUUACUAAAGUUUUAUUGUUGUUAUUAUUAUUUUUUAAUAAAUAUCUUUUACUAUUA